AUGUCAUUCUUAGAUCGCCACGAAGACCAACAGUUACUGGCACCAUUUAAGCCACCGUUUAGGCGGAAAUUCAAGCCAAAGGCCAAGACAGGCUGCUACACUUGCAGGAUCCGAAGAGUCAAAUGUGAUGAGACACGGCCAGCAUGUCGUCGUUGCAUGUCCACUGAUCGGGUGUGUGAUGGGUAUCCGUCCGUAUUCCGAGUCUUGACCCUCGGGGGCCCCCAGUCAUCACCUUUAGUGCCCACCCCUAGUUUUCAGCCGACGCUCUCUCUAUAUCAGCCAAAGUCUUCCACAGUUACGACCGAUCAAGUUGAUAAGCUGGCCCUUUACUUCCACCGAAAGCACCGAGACAACGUAUGCUAUCGGGACGAGGCCCGGGCAAUACUGGCAAAUCUCUCAGAUCCCACUGUCCGCCAUGCACUCGAUUCUCUGAUCGCUCUCCGUGACGGGAUCGGGACGACAACACACACCGCAAUUAUUGGCACCGACGGCGUACUCAUCAAUCAACACAGCUUGGAUGCGUACAGCACGGCAGUCUCCAGCCUCGCAUCUCGGCUGAGAGAGGAGCCCAACCGAAUAUCUGCUCUGGUUGCACUCGUGUGUUGCCAGAUGUUUGUGAGCAUAGAGGUCAUGAUGGGCGACUACACUACCGCCUUCCAACACUUCCUUCUAGGACUUCGUAUCAUGCAUCAAUACCGGAACCGCCCAAGUGUGAGCGACAGCGGCCGGGUAGUUCCUUGUUGCAAACUCGGUUUUCCUCAUCUGGAUGAGUUUGCCAUCAAGCUCUUCGCCUCAGGCUAUCCUGGGCCCAAGCACUUAUCUUCCUGCGAAAGAGGGCGCAGUAGCUCCGCGACAAGCAACAUCAACACCAUUUUGUGCGAUCAGGCGCGCAGCGAUCUGAGCGUUCUUUCCGUCGAAGUACUGGAGUUUUUGAAACGAGUGACAGACUUGCGGACCCAGUACCAAGUAGCCGAGUUGAAGGCAACGAGGGCGCAGAUCCUGGGCUGCCUGCAGUCUUGGGAGGAGACGUACUCUGAAACAGCUAAUGAGAUGAUUAAGCGAACAACUGCCAAAGGAGUACGUUUUGGAGCCGCAUUCUCCCUUCUCCUUCAUGGUGUCUUGAAAGUGGUAGUGAACCUGGCAAUUGGGGCCUCUACAGAUGAUGUAAACGCACUGGGAGAACAGGUCGCUACGAUUAAAGCGAUCGCUCAUAUGGCUACGGAAAUAGGGAAAGCAGUUUAA